ACUUUCCUAUUACUGCUAAAAGUUUGCACGUAAAUUUCCUUUACUAGCUAGCAAGUAGCAACAUGCAUGGUAUGCAAAGUGUAGAACGGUAUAUCUACAGGCGAGUAUUAAACGAAUACUAGUAUCGUGUAAAGUCUAACCAAUCCAUUUCGUCGUGUCAUCCAAACUCGAAUACAUACAUGGUUACCAACUCAGGGAAGUGCGCGAGAGAUGUUAUGUGUCAUCUACAUCGAUUAAAGAAAGUGAUCACCAAAUUUGAAGAUAUAGUCUCCGCCACGAGAGAAACCAAACGACACAAGUUUUAACUGCGGAAAUUGGUCCAGGCGACGAGGUGGUAAAAAGAAAGGAAAGGAAAGCAAGCUGGCUUCAUGAAUCAGCUAGUCAUGUGGGUUUGAACAGAGUAAAUGAUGAGUAGAGGGAUCAGGCAGCAGACAGUAGUAGUUCAGAUUCUAAAGUCAUUAUUACUGUAGACUGUUAUUCAAGGCUCGACAAAAAGCUUCAGCCAAUGGGAAGAAGAGGAGAGGAGAGGAGAGGAGAGGAGAGGAGUGGUGGCCCCAUAUUUUAAGGAUAUGACAGUUACCUCUUUGUCUUCUACUCUUCUGUCAUGCCCUAAACCCUAGAAGCUGUUGCAGUACUGGCCCUUGUUGUGGGGGCCGGCCCAACCAGUGGCCAAACCCUUUGACCAUUCUGGUAUAUACAGACACAGGUUUGCUAACCAAACCAUUGUUAAAAUUGUCUGAAUUUGGAAAGUUUGAGGUAGAGAGAGGCAUAUGCAGAAAGCAAUUACAGCCCCAGCCAGACAGCAGAGAGAGGAGAGAGAGAAAUGGUGGUAGUGGUGGUGGUUGAGACUGAAGAGUUCAGAAAUUUAUGUAGUAAAGCUUUCAUUUUUCAUAAUUACUUGGGGACAACAAACUAGUGUGUAUGUAUUAUAUAUGUAUAAGUUUCUGUAUUUUGUAUGAUGUUGUUGAUAGCUGCUGGGAGGAGGGGUAGGAUGAAAAGGAAGAAAGAAAGGAAGAAAGAAAAUAGUUUCUACUCAUUUGUUCAUCUAGUAUAUAGUCCUUCUGCCCCCUCUCCCAAUUGGAAAUCAGCUGCAACAAUAGAGGAAGAAAGCGCAGAGAUAGUAGAAGCUGAGGGUAGGUCUUUUCUUCUUUCUUUCUCUCUUCUGCUAUAUAUACUCAUUCCUUAGCUACUGCUACUCCUCUUUUAACCUGUUCUUCCUUUCCUGUUCUGCUGUGCGUGUUUUCCAAGGAAAAGAAGAAAAUGGAACUGGGUUUUGGUUGUUUUUGUUUCAUUUGAGGUUUCAGAGAGAACCAUAGUACUGUACUAGUAUAUAUGAGCCUGAUCAUGUCUUGUAUUCCCAAAAUGCAUGUGGAUCACUAACUGAAAACUGAUCUUCCUAAGUAAGUUAGAUACCAUAGUAGUUUUUUUUUUCCUGAGGUAAAACGCUUUUAACAUUUUAGUGCUAUUGCAUAUAUGUAGUACCUUUGAUCUGCAUGGGGAAGAAGCUAGCUAGGGAGAUCUUAAUUAGCUUCUCGCUUGGUUUGGCUAAGAAGGAACAUAUAUUGUAUACCAUCACUAUGUAAACAAAUUAGUCUCUUUGAUUUAGUAUUUUCAGUUGCACUGAGGAGUUGAUUGAAAAGUUAAAGGAUCCUGCAGAUUUAUUGGGUUUCAAGAACAAUGGGGAGAGGGAAGAUAGCGAUAAAGAGGAUAGAGAACCAGACGACUCGGCAGGUGACAUUCUCGAAGCGCAGGAAUGGGUUGCUGAAGAAGACCCACGAGCUGUCUGUGCUUUGUGAUGCUCAGAUCGGCCUCAUCGUCUUCUCCGGCACCGGCAAGCUCUGCCAGUACGCCUCCGACCCCUUCAGGAUGGAGCAGAUCAUAGAGAGGUAUCUGAAGGCAACGGGGACUCGCAUCCCUGAGCACGACAACCGGGAGCAAGUGCUGGGCGAGCUGGCGGUGCUGAGGAAAGAGACGAAGCAGCUCCAGCUGAGCAUGAGGCGCUACACCGGCGAGGAAAUGGCCGCCAUCCCUUUCCAAGACCUGGAACAGCUCGAGCAGCAGCUCGAACGCUCCGUUGCCAAGAUCCGCGACCGCAAGAAUGAGCUGUUGCAGCAGCAGCUGGAGAACCUGCGCAGGAAGGAGAGGAUGUUAGAGGAGCAGAACAGCAAUAUGUAUCGUUGGAUCCAGGAGAAUCGGGCAGCGUUGGAGUAUCAGCAGCAGCACCAGGCGCAGGUGGCUGCAGCAGAAGCAGAAGCCAAGCCAAUGGAGCACCAUCAGCAGCAGCAAAUUAUGCAGCAGCUACAAGAGCAGUUCCCAUUCUGCGGCGGCGAGCCCAGCAGUGUCCUCCAACUCUCCACCAUUCCUCCCCACUUCAGCCCUUAUCAUCUGCAGCUCGGCCAGCCCAACCCACUCCAUCCUCCUCCUAAUUCCGCCGCCGACCUCUAGAGAGGCUUCAUCCUGAGUCCUGACCCAUCUCAUAGUAUACAUAUCUAUAUCAAUCUGUCUGUCUAUCAGCUGCUACUAUUUAUAUCAAUCUGUCUAGCAAUCUGCUACUACUAUUUACCAUCCAUCGAUAAACUAUGACUGAUAUUAUAUAUGGUUCCACACGAAAUUCAAUUG